AACCUAUAUUGUAAAUUGGGUUAUGUCGAAUUUUUAUAAAUUGAAUGAAAAAUUAUAAUUAUAAAAUACAAAUUUAUAUAACGGAUCAUAUAUCUACAGAAAAAUGUCUGCAAACUUAAUUAGAAAUAACUUAAAGUUUUUACAGAUUGUUUCCAAUAAUUUCCUCGAACCGAAUUUAAAAAAUCUUAUAAAUUAUCAAGUAACUCGUCACCGACGAACAAAACAUUUCAAUCCAAAAUUUAAAUGGUUUCGUACACGAAAAUAUAUAAAAUUCGAAAUACCCAACUUAAAUGAAAAAAGUGAAGAUUUACCUCCAGAUGAAAUUCGAAAACAAAUGAAAAAGAUGGGUGUUUUACCACCCAGACCAUGGAUGGAACGGCCAUUUUAUAUAAGCUGUACUGGGGAUAUAUUUGAACCUUAUGUCCCGCCUGAAGGAGAUGGCAAAGUUUCGAUUAUAACUACCACGGGUGCGAAACAAAAAUUGGAAUUUAUAGAAAAAAAGUCGAAAUCUAUGAUGGCCGUACGAAAAAUUCGUUCAUAUGAUGAUGAUUUUGAACCACCUGAAUUUUGUGAGGAAGCACAAGAAAUAUAUAGACGAGUACACGAAUAUAUGAUGGCAAAGGAUUUGAAAAAACUUGAAGAUGUUGCUACAGAACGAGCAUAUCCCGAAAUUAUUCAUAAUAUUAAAAACAAAACAAUUAAUUGGAAAUUUUUAAAGUCAAUUGAGCCUCCACGUUUAGUUCAUGCACGUUGUACAGACGUUGUAUCCAAAGAAAAUAUGUUUGCCCAGGUUACUGUUCGUUUCCAUACGCAACAAUUAUUAGCAAUUUAUGAUCGUUUUGGUCGCUUAAUGCAUGGAAGUGAAAUAUUGGCAAAAGAUGUUCUUGAAUACGUGGUAUUUGAAAAACAUAUCUCAAAUGAGUACGGCGUUUGGCGUUUACAUGCAAAAAUAAUACCCGAUUGGUUACCAAAGCCAGAACCUAGCAGUAAAACAUAUAUAAAAGAACCAAUUCAACCUGUUGAAGAAGAUCAAUCAAAAGAUGUUGUUGAAGUGAAAAAUACUGAUGUUACGAAAACUGUAAAAUCUGAAACAUUGGCAACUGUUUAAUCAUCCUUUCUUUAGUUUAAUGAUUGUUAUAUAAUUGAAUUUAGACAUCUUUUAAUUUAGAACCUACCACAGAUCGGAACAUUAAAAUAACGAUGCGGCGAAGUUAACAUUUUAUGGGCCUCAAUUACUUCAAAUUGUUACUCAUUUUUCUGUUAUUUUAAUUUGUUUGUGGCGGAAACUAACACAAAAGGCUCUAGUUUUUAGAGUGAGCGCUGGAUAGAGUUGAGUGUGCAAAAUAAGAGAACCGCAUUUUGUCAAUUAAUUAUUGUUCAGAAAAGCUUAUAGAUUAAUAUUCCGAAUGUUGCCAGAAAUCCUAUUGAUCCAAUUUUUAAUGACAGUUAAAUAACAUUUUUUUGAACCAAAGAAAAGAUUUUCUAGAUUUUUUGGGUCAAUUAACGUCAAAAAGAUCUCUUGUGAUUUUUUAGUAAAGUUCUCCGUUUUCAAGAGUUUAAUGUUUGGAAAAAUUCUAAAAAGGUCAUUUUAAAAGCUGUAAAAUGGGACUUAAAAUUAGAUUUUUAAGCUUAUUAAAAUCCUGAAAUAAUGACAUCUUUUAAUAAAGUCCUGAAUAAUUAUUAUCCGGUCAAAUUAAUCUAUAAAAUAGAAGUGAAGGUAAAAAAAAUCACACCGAGCUCAAAGUUCAUCAUCAUAAAUGAAAUAUAAAAAGUCAUCAUUGAUCCGACAUCUGGAAAAAAUUUACGCUGGUUCAAAGAUCACUAAAACGGGUAUUUCGUGAUUUGCAGCAAAACGGUAAGUUUUGCU